AUGGCCCCGCAACCAGAGAAAGUCACUCAGAGCCAUCCUCUGUCCGCCGACGAAAUCGACUCGGAGAAAGUAGAAAUGGGCCUCGAGGUCAUCGAGGAUGUUACUAAUUCCCCGUCUAAAUUCGACUCGGACGAUGACUACAUAAUUGACCCUAUCGAGGAGAAGAAAUUGCUCAGGAAACUGGAUUGGAUUUUGCUGCCGAUGUUCACUGCAAUUUAUUGCUUCAAUUUCAUCGACAGGACGUCGAUUGGCAAUGCUCGUGUCGCGGGUUUGGAAGAGGACCUGGGGAUGCAUGGGUUCAACCUCAAUGUUGCCCUCACGAUAUUCUAUAUCUUUUACAACCUGGCAGAUAUCCCCUCCAACCUGGCCUUGAAACACUUUGGGUCCAACUGGCUUGCGUUCCUCGUCAUAACGUUCGGCCUAGUCUCGCUCUUUUCUGCGUUCAUGCACAACUAUGCGGGAUUGAUUGCCUCCCGAGUGUUCUUGGGUCUGGCUGAGGGAGGGACAUUGGUUAUCUGCGUUGGUGUAUAUCAUUGCAAGAGUUCGUCGCAUUCGAGUUUUGUAUACGGCCCGGAGCUGACAUGGGACCCUCGAAAGUAUUAUCGAAGGCAUGAACUCGUUCUCAGGAUUGGCAUAUUCUUUGGAGUUUCGCCGAGCCUGGCUGGAGCUUUUGGUGGACUUCUGGCCUCGGGACUGUUGAGGAUCAAGGAUUUCGGGAUCAUCACGACCUGGAGAAAGAUCUUCCUGAUCGAAGGAAUCGCAACGACACUUUUUGGAAUCCUGCUUAUAUUCAUCCUCCCGGAAGACCCUACGAAAUCCAAGAUGUUGAACGAGGCUGAAAGGCGACUGGCUCUGGCCAGGAUCGACGCUGAUCAGGUCAUCAAAAAUAAAGGAAAGAAAGAGAAAACAACUUGGAGCCUAAUCUGGAGGUCAUUCAACUUCAUCACCAUCGCGUGUACAUUAUGUUACAUGAUGCUGAACAUGUCAUUUCAAGGACUGAGCCUGUUCUUGCCUUCUGUGAUCAAUUCUCUCGGAAAAUACAGUGGGUAUAUUCUUUAUGUGACGAGAAUUGAGCUUACGAAGGAAUCAGCCGUUAUCGAGGUCCAGCUACGCACCGUGCCCCCUUACAUCGCCAGUGCAGUAUGGGUAAUCCUCAACGCCUAUAUAAGCGCCCGUAUCAGGAUGCGCUUCCUCCCGCUCCUCUAUAAUCUAGCUUUAGUGGCAGCUGGAUAUGCGAUAUCGAUUUCAACCAAGCAUUCUCAAGCCAGGUAUGCAGCGUGUUUCUUGAUGCUCAUGGGCGCUUCGGUUGGAGGUCCGAUGAUUAUGACCUGGGGAACGGAUAAUGCUUCUCCCGAUACCAUGAGAGCUGUGGUCACGGCGGCUAUCCCUGGUAUCGGCGCUCUUGGAGCAAUCAUGGCUGUUUGGACCUACCUCCCAACGGAUGCCCCAGACUACCGAAAAGGAAACACAGCCAACCUGGUAUCCAUAUGCUCCAUAUCCUGCAUCGUCGUCAUCACCGCCGUGUACAUUAAAUGGGAGAAUGCGAAGAGAGAUAGAGGCGAUCGGGACGCGAGGUUGGAUGGGGUAUCGCCCGAGAAAGAGACACAGAUGGGAUACAGGCAUCCGAGGUUUAGGUAUCAAAUUUAG